AUGCGAUUUCCUCGAAAAAUUCUAUGGAUUUCUACAAUUCGAAAGUUUCCAACCGUCGCUUUUCAGAAUCCUCCUCCAGAAUCCACAAUCAUCGACUGCUCCCAGGUGUUUGAUCCAGAGAAAUGGCUGUCGAUUCCAGAAGAUUCGAAUCCGACGUCUUCGGAAUUGAAUUUCGAAUUUCUGACGACGUCUUCUGAACCGCUAGAAUCUCCAGAAUCCACGUCAUCAAGUGACGUCAUCGAAAAUGAGAAAAAGAAGACGUCAGAGGCCUCAGAAGGCGCCGAAGAGAAUCGAGCUGAUGGUCACGCACCCAUCAAAUGGGCGCUGUCUGUUUUGAUGCAAUCGUUACAGAGAUCCUCAAAAAUGACAACAUCACUCUCGGACAUCGAUGUGACCCUGUUCAAUUUCCACUCGACACGAUUUGCCGAACGUCUUCUGAAUCGUAACGUCUCCAGUGUGGUGAUGGUGGAGUCGUCGCAUGUGUUCUCGAAAAAUGCCAAGGUACAGGUACUAGCAGUUUCAGAUGUAACAGUGAUGUCAAAUGAUUCUCAGUGUCCAAAUAUGCACCAAAAAAGUUUUGAAGAAUUUCGGAAGCCGGGCUCUCGAGUUAUGAUGCUCAGAGCACAAAAU